AUUGUGAAAGAGUUUGAAGACGGACCAGUUGCCCUGCAGCAGAGUUGGGUUUGUGGAUGUUUGAAGGGGAGCAUAUGUGCGUCGUACAUGUACAUGUAUUAUACAUGAAUGUACCUAUAUUGACCACGAGCGUCUCGUUUGCGUACGUCCACGGGGUAUGCUCAUGCUCAUGUACAAAUUUCGACAGAGCUGAUUGGUUGUUCUUGAGACCGUUACUAUUCUUGCGUUAAAGUUUACCCGGUAGCGCAAAAUCAUCGGUGAUACGCCGAGGAGUAGUCUAAGAAGGAGGCCAUAUCCGG